AUGAAUCCCACACGAGUUCUUUCCCGAUCCCUCCCCGGUCGUUACUUCGCCCACUCGGUAUCCAGGCGCCUCAUUUCCUCGUCGCCAUGUCGCUUCUCUGAGCGAGUACCCUCUACCGCCGAAGACUACAGGAAGUCCCAGAAAGAGAAGGCAGACAACCCUCAUAUGACAAACACAAAUCCUGCGGCCAACAAUGACAUGCCGUCGGUGGGAAAAGACAAUCCUCCACCAGAUUUGAUCAGCUCGGUCGAUCCCAACUACGUUCCCAAGGACCAGAUACCCGAAAAUACCGAGAAGAUGACAGGAGGAACACAAGCAGGAGAUCCCAAUAAAGUAAGCACGUCAGAGUUUGGCGUUGGUGAACUGGAGGGUAUCUCGUUUCGCGUCGAGCCCAUUCGUCGGACUGGGGAAGACCUCCCGACUAUCCGAGCGAGGUUAUUAUACCAAAGCAGGAAGAGAGGAACACUAGAGUCUGACCUCCUGCUCUCCACUUUCGCAGCGGAAAACCUACCCUCCAUGAACAGGUUUCAACUCGAGCAGUACGACCGAUUCCUUGACGAGAACGACUGGGACAUUUAUUACUGGGCAACACAGUCGCCUGCCAAUACACCGACCUCACUUGAGUCGGCAGAAGGCGUGCAAAAUGGCCCGACUAGCAAAACAACUCCAUCGAGCUCGGCUACGAAUGCUGCACAGACUCAGGAAACCACAACGUGGAAGCAAGGAGCUCCUCGAAGUGGAGAGUGGGCUCAGACUGUUGGCACUUUCAAACCUGCUUACAGACCGGUGCCUCAGCGGUGGCGAGACAGCGAGGUGUUGGCGUUGCUCCGUAGGCAUGUGAGAGAAAGGAGUGCGGGUGGUGUGCUGGAAGAUGUCAAGGCUGCCCCGAAAAGCAAAGGUAGUGGCCUGGGAAGAAUGCCCGAUGUUCAAAUCUUUGAUUGA